CUCUCCCCUUCAGGAACACAAGAGAAAAAACAGCAGCAGGAUGGUUGAUCUGACUUUAACUGCAGGCGGCUGAUGAUCAGCUGUGACCUUUGACCCUCACCUUUGCAGUCUUCUACCUAAGGGUGCGGGGCCUGAGGAGUCAACAUGGCCGCCACCUCAUCGCUGCUCAGCAGAGUUGCAGGUCUGGGCCUGGUCCUGGUGAAGUUUGAGUACGAGUAUGAAGGUCGUGACGGAGAGCUGGUGUCAAUCAAACCCAAUGAGCGCUAUUAUCUGCUGGCAAAGACCAACGACCACUGGUGGCAAGUCCGGCGCGAUGCCAGCUCCAAGCCCUUCUACAUUCCCGCCCAGUACGUGAAGGAGCUGCCUCUGGACUUCCCCUCGCCACUGGACUUCACCGACCCAUCUGGUCCAGAGCCGGUGCUGCUGCCCGUGGAGGCUCCAGUCCCAGUCCCCAUUCCAGUUCCGAUCCCAAAGCCUCUGGAGGAGCCCAGCGGCCCCAAGACCAAAGCUGGGGAUGAGGUGACCAUUCGACUGCGACCAGACGGUGCCUCCAGGCACCACAAGCAUGAGAACCGCAUGUCCACAUUUGGCGUCCCACUGGACUUCCAUGACCCGGCACCGUGGCGUCCCAGCAGUCCCACCGCUGCUACAGACACAGCUGCCACGGCAACCGGAGAGACUACAAACAUGGCUGACAGCAAAAAGCCGGGCUUCCUGGACGACCAGGCCGAUUCAGGGAAAUCUCGAGUUCCCAGCUUCAGCCCGGCGGACCCCGUCUCCACACCGCGGCCCCAGAACCAGCCAAUCCCAGUGGAGACGCCGGUGGUCCCCCCACUUAACAACAUAGAACCUGCAGGUCACCAUGACGACCAGGAGUCUGCGAUGGAGGAGGAGGAGGAGGUGGCGGAGGAGGAGACGAGCAGCGAAGACAGCUGUGAGGGCCCACAGAACCACAUCUACGAAUCCAUCCAGGACCUAAAUCUGGACCUGGACGCGUUGAUUGGAGGACGAGAGAGUCCUGGAGCUCCACCUCCAACUGCACCAGCCCCGCCCCCAACACAGGACAGCAGCUCGCUCGGCCCCAACGCGCCCAUCUACGCCAACGUCUCCCCCCUGAAGAAAACGAUUCACCUGUCUGUUCCCGGCCCCGCCCUGCCCUCCCCUCCUCCGCAUGACCCCGCUCCAUCCACAGGCCACACCCCCUCUACGUCGGGCUCCUCCUCCGGAAUGUUAAGCCCCGCCUCCCCUGUCAGCCCACAGGACGGAUGGCAGGCCCACACUGACCAGGACAGUGGGAAGGUGUUUUACUACCAUCCACUCACCAGACAGACCACCUGGUCCGACCCACACAGAAGCCCAGCAUCACCGACUGGAGACCAGAACCAGACCAGAGGACCGCUGGGCUCCCCUCUGCUGUCCCCCGCCUCCUCUCAGGGUUCUUGUGUCUGGGAGCAGCUGGUGGAUGAAGUCUCAGGAAGGUUCUACUACUACAACCCCACCACAGGAGCCACAUCCUGGGCGUUGCCGGAGCCGCUGUCCCCCUCCUCGCCUCCAGGAUCCAACCGGGACAAUGUGCCGCCUCCGCUGCCUGAAGAAGAUUAUCCCGUAGAGAACGACAACAACGUCUUCACAACGAAUCCUCAGCAGCAUGUAAGUGUGAUACCAAGAGCUCAGCUGGACCCGAAAGACCCGACCGGCUCCCAGUGGAGGCAGCAGGAGCUGCUGCAUUUGCCCCAGAGGAUGAUGGGAAAUGGAGUGUCUGAGGAGGGUCCGGUGCUGCAGGUCAGGAACUGGAGACACAGUGUGGCCGAAGAUACGUUCUCUAUGAGCCACCGCAGGAACUUCUCAGAUGUCACGGAGCUUUCCAACAGAAGACCCUCCCCCGACAGUCCGCAGUUCUCUGAUAGGUACAGACUGAAGAGGAAUCUGUCCAAUCGGAGCACAGGCUCCAACCAUAGCCUCCUGCUGGAGAAAGCGGGAAUCAUCAACAAGACCAAAGUAGUCGAUAACGGCAAGAAGAUCAGGAAGAACUGGAGUCAGUCCUGGACCGUCCUCCACGGCGGGAUCCUCACUUUCCACAAAGACCCCAAAUCUGCCCCCACUGGGAAUGCUAGUAAAGCGUCACAGAUUGUUCCUGAAUACACCGUCGAGCUCAGAGGUUCAACAGUGGGCUGGGCCUCCAAAGACAAAUCAUCCAAGAAGAAUGUUCUCGAGCUGAAGACUCGGCAGGGAUGUGAGUACCUGAUGCAGUACGACACCGAGAGCAUCAUCAGUGAUUGGCUGAAAGUCAUGCAGGACACAAUCAGACAGCUGGAGCUGGAUCAUCUCUCUGAGGACGAGGAUGAAGCUUCAGACAAAGAGGACAAAGACAGAAAGAGAACAUCCAACAGGAAUUCGUCGGGAGCUGACUCUGAGCAGCGGCGAGUUCGGACCAAACUGAGGCGUUUCCUCCAGCGGAGGCCGACGCUGCAAAGCGUCAAAGAGAAAGGAUACAUCAGAGAUAACGUGUUUGGCUGCCACCUGGACACUCUGUGCCACCGAGAAAACACCACCAUCCCCAAGUUUGUGGAGAAAUGCAUCAAAACGGUGGAGAGGAGAGGUCUGGAUGUUGACGGGAUCUACAGAGUGAGUGGGAACCUCGCUGUGAUCCAGAAACUACGACAUAAAGCCGAUCACGAGGAGCAGCUGGAUCUGGAGGACGGACAGUGGGAGGAGAUCCACGUCAUCACCGGAGCUCUGAAGCUCUUCCUUAGAGAACUUCCAGAACCGCUGUUCCCCUUCAGCUGCUUCGACAAGUUUAUCGCCGCCAUCCAGGUUCCAGACUACACUCUCAGAGUCUCCUACAUGAAGGACCUGGUCCGGACUCUGCCUCUGCCCAACCAUGACACCAUGGAGCUGCUGUUCAAACACCUGCGCAGAGUGAUCGAACACAAGGAGUCCAACCGGAUGUCAGUUCAGAGCGUCGCCAUCGUGUUCGGCCCCACGCUGCUUCGGCCUCAGACUGAGUCGGCCAACAUGACGAUCCACAUGGUGUUCCAGAGCCAGAUAGUAGAGCUCAUGCUCAACGAGUUUCAGACCGUCUUCUCCCAGAGCUAGGAGGAACCGCCUGGAGCUCCUCUGUGACCUUCAAGAACCCUCUGAGGACCUCAUGGAGGCCUUUCAUUGGAUCUGCCAAAAACCUUCCAACAUCCUUUGGAAACUUUACCAUUCCUUCAAAGCAGGUUCACAUGGGACUGAAUCUGCUGAUUACAUGAUGUUCCUUUCUAACCACUGUGACUAAAAUGAUCCAGGUAGAACCUGAAUGGAACCAUCUCAAACCUUGUGCUGGUUUUGAAACUUCAACCAGCAGCCUGACUUUGUUUUUAUGGGAAAAGACCAAACAAAACACCGAUAGCAAACAUUCAAGAAACUGUACAUCUUGCUUACCUCGGUGAUUUAAAUGAUCCAAGUUGAACCUUGUGGAACCACCUAAAACCCUGGACAGAAGCUUCAAGGCAACCGACCAAAGGAACAUAUUUUCCUGGCACCUUAAAAUCAUCUCAACGCAGGCAAGAACUUGUGCAGCUCUCCAGAUCCAAACAUCAUCUCCUUUUAUAAAAAGGUCUGUGAACAUUUAAAUUCACAUCCAACUUGAAGCAGAUCAUGCUGGACCUCGAACCACUGUGCCUUCAAGAGUGGACCCACCUACAAUCCUGUACUGGUUCUGAAAAAUUGACAUUCCGCCUCACUUGUUUUUGAGGGAAACAGACCAAACAAAAGACCUUUUCUAAAUUUUCUUACUUUUAGAAAGAUCUGACAACUUCUAGUCCUUCUCUAAUUACUGUGACCUAAAUGAUCUGGGUAGAACUGUUUAGAACAACUCAACCUACAUCCGUUCCUUUCUUUUAAGAAAAAAGACCAAACAAGAUUCUUGCUAAAAGCUCCCAAACAAGUUGCAGAUAUUUCUGGAAGGUCUGGAUCCAAAAAUUCGGUUAAAAAAGGAUCAAACAUGGAACCUGUUUGCUAGACUACACCCCUUUAACCACUGCGCCUUAAAGUAAAACCUCAGGGGGCAGCCAUCUAAAAUCCUGCACUGUUUCUGAACCUAAAACUUCUAUUCUAAGAAACAGACCAAACAAAACCAGAAUCUUUGCUUCAACAAACAAACAACCAAACACAUUAACUUUUAACUCCCAAAUAUUUCCUUUUGAGCAGAACAAGGUAUGGAACCUUUAGGAGACAUGAAGAACUCUGGACCUCAACUCAUCUCCUGUUCUCCCUAUCUCCUUUAACAUUUUGGACAUGCAUCUUCUUGGGUUCAGGACCUGGACCCGCCCUUUGCUAACAACCAAGUACUAAAUAAUACAAAUGUUUUACUUAGAGAACAAACUGAUCCAGUCAUUUCCAGGUUUUUCUAGAGCCAUGCAGUACUACGAACCCAAACAGAAUCUCCUGAACUGGUUUCAAAGCAGCUGACAAAACAGAUCACACCUGCUUUGUACCCAAAUGAAAACCCAAACCAAAUAUCUCAAAAGUUUUGGUUAAGUUUGGAACUUUGUGGAACUCCAGAUCCAUCUUCCUCUUUAAAAAAAAAAAAAAAAAAAUCUGUGGACAUUCGAGUUGAACAUGGACCAUCACCACCAGGCCUGAACAGACCCAUGUGCAACUGGAACCAUCUACAACUGGUUCUACCACUGUUUGAUUUCAAAGACAUCAAACUUUGACAUAUUUUGAUAUCUGGAGGUUCUCCAAGAGCUGAAGAGCACACAUCUCAGAGGAGAACCCCCCCUGAACCGAAAGAACAGCUUGAUCCAAACAGGAUUUAUUCACUUUCCAUGGAAAGACUUCAGAUUUUGGAUUUACAUAUCCUGGACAAACACAACAUGGAGUUUUAUUCACUAUAAAAACUAAAAGGGAUGGUUUGAAGUCAAAUCUUGAAAUCUUGGAAUGUGGGCCUGAGAACACCAAAAACAUUCACUCACAGAACCUCAGAACAACAGAUUCAGACUAUAAAUACUGCAGUUAUUAAGUACCUGCUGGAUGUAUCUGGAAGAACAAACUAGUCAUUAUGUUUUUGUUUAGUUUAGUUUAGUUUAGUUUAGUUUAGUUUAGCUUAGUUUAGUUUAGCUUAGUAUUGUGAAAACUAGCUGUUAAACUGACACCAUCAGUUUAUUGUAAAUUCUUGGUGGUUGUCCAGGUGACUGUACCAGCUAUGGUUCAUGUUUUUUUGUUUUUGUUUUUUUGUCUUUUUUAAAAACAUGUGAUGGACGCUAAAAUCAGUUUCUCAACUAUUUUCCACUUCAAAGAUGACACAUCUACUAGUUUCAUUCAUAAAAAUUCGGAUACAACAGCAGGUACUUAAUAACUGCAUAAGCUUUUCUCUAUUGCCCCAUAAUUAGCACCAAGCUCUUAUUUACAGCUAAUUGUUAGAAAACGAUCAAGAAACUUUCUAAGAUAUUAGCUUUAAAGUAAAGUGUUUCCAUUUUUUUAUACUACAAAAUGUGACUUUAUUUUGACUUUAUUUUAUAUUUGUGGUUAUAUUUUGACACUGACCCUUGAUUUUAUUGUUGUCCCCAGAUUUUAUAUCCAUCUGGGCAGUUGAAAAUGAAAAGUUUUUGCACAUAAAAACAAUUCUCCAAGCCAGUUUGAAAAGAACAAGACCUUUAUCGUAUUAAAGACCAGAUAAUCAGUCAUGUGUAGCCUGGGGCUAGUGAAAUAAGAGUUGUUUUAAAGUUCUAUGUUUGUGCUAAGCUAGGCUAGACACAUUUCGAAAAGGAUCUGAAACAUGUGACUCUGUGCAAGAGAUAUUUUGUAAAUACUAAAGUCUGUGUUUAUAUCUGAAUGAGGUCCCGUAGGAAGCUAAGAGGACCAAGUAUCUUUCCCAGAGGAACUCCACACCUUAUCAAAGGUAGAGACCUAAAGGAUUUAAGGAAAUGUUUAAAGUUAUAUGUAAUAAAGGGUUACAGGACCAUGUAUGUUUCUCUGAGGAAAUUCAUGACUCUCUGAGGACAAAAGGAUUCAAGAGAUAAUAAAAUGUAUCUUGAAAUCUAAUGGAAAGUUUGAGGACCCAGGAUGUUUUCCUGAGGGACUCCGUGACCUGCUGAGAACAAAAAAGGAAAAAAAAAACAAACUCCCAGACACGUUGAAGUCUAUCUCUGAAUCUAAAAAAAGUCUCAUCAAAAGUUUAGAGGGCAAAGUACAUUUCCCUGAGAAACUUCAGACUUGAUCAAGGAGAGUGAACAAAAGGAUUUACAGAAAUAUUAAAACUUAUCUUUAACACUUAAGAAUAUCUGAUAGAAAGGUGAGGGGACCCAGUACCCGAGGGACUGAAACACAGAAAACAACAGGAUUUACAGAAAUUUUAAAAUGUUUUUAAGGGAUGAAUUUUACAGGAUUUUUUUUUUUUUUUUUUACUGUUGAUGUUUGUGUCCUGCUGUCAUCUGUACAAUGCUGUAUGUUUUUAUAGGACUAAAUUUAUACGUAUUACAGAUAUUGAACAAAGUUACCAUGGAGAAUAUAACAGGUUAAUUUCUGUACAUAAGAGGGUAUUUUACUGACUUUUAUUAAAAAUAAAGCUUAUCUGUAUGACAGUG